AUGCCUGGGCUACCUUCGUCCGUCGAUCUCGACGAGUGUAUCUCGCGCUUGUACAACAAGGAGUUGCUCGCCGAGUCCGUCAUCGAAGCCAUCUGCGCCAAGACAAAGGAGCUCCUUAUGCGCGAAUCCAACGUCGUCCACGUCCGCGCGCCCAUCACUGUCGUAGGAGAUAUCCACGGCCAAUUCUUCGACCUUAUUGAGAUUUUCCGCAUCGGCGGCUACUGUCCUGACACGAACUAUUUGUUCCUCGUCUGGGGCGAAACAGGAGACUAUGUUGAUCGUGGCAUGUUCAGUGUCGAAACAAUAUCGCUACUCGUGUGCUUAAAACUCCGAUAUCCUAAUCGCGUGCAUCUGAUCCGUGGAAAUCACGAAUCGCGCGGCGUCACGCAGUCAUACGGCUUCUACACAGAAUGCUCACGCAAGUAUGGUAAUGCCAACGUGUGGCAUUACUUUACAGAUAUGUUUGACUUUUUGACCUUGAGCGUUGUAAUCAACGACCAAAUAUUUUGCGUUCAUGGAGGUCUUUCCCCCUCCAUCCAUUCUAUUGAUCAAAUUAAGAUCAUAGAUCGUUUCCGCGAGAUCCCCCACGAAGGCCCCAUGGCUGAUCUUGUCUGGUCUGAUCCUGACCCUGAACGCGACGAGUUCUCCCUUUCACCCCGCGGCGCGGGGUAUACUUUUGGCGCGCAAGUCGUCAAGAAGUUCCUGGCUGUCAACAACAUGUCGCAUAUCCUGCGCGCUCACCAGCUCUGUCAGGAAGGUUUUCAGGUGCUCUACGACGACCGCCUCAGCACUGUAUGGAGCGCGCCCAACUACUGUUACCGUUGUGGCAACAUGGCCAGCGUGCUUGAAGUUAGCGACACCGGUGAACGUUUCUUCAACGUCUUUGCGGCCGCUCCCGAGAAUGAUGUUCAUAAAGACCUUCAACCUGGAAACGAAAAGUCUGCCGACGGAAAUGCCUUGCCAGACUACUUCUUAUAG